CAACCAUAAAACCCAAAAACCGGUAGGAAAUUUUCUUUAUAAAUAUGGAUUUUCUACAUCUCCAUCAAACCCAUUUCGAUUUUCGUUUAAUAAACUUUAUAACUUCCCAAAUCUCAUUCCAAUUCCUUUGAAUCUCAUUAUCAUUUCAAAAUGGCCAUAAAGAAACGAAACCAAAAGAAACAAAAACAACCAAAUAAGGCCGAUAAGGCGGGAACCAGUCAAAAUCCGCACCCUCCUAUAAUUUUCGAAAUAGAUGAUGGCAAAGAUCAGGUAAUAAAUUCGCUUUCGAUGACCGUUCAAUCUUUGGAUAAUGAGUUGAAAGGGUCCCAAUCACAAGUCCAAGCGUUACAUGCCCAGAUUGAAGAAAUGAAGAAAGAAAACGGGAAAGUUGAGAAAGACAGAGAUGAGAUAAAGAGUGAAAAAGAUCGUCUAAUUGGGCUGAUUAGUGAACUGAGUGUUAAUCUUGAGGAGAUUAGUAAGUUUAACCCGGUAAUCGGGGAAUCGGUAUCAAAAGAAAACGAUUCUGAUAAGAAAUUGGAUGAGUUGAAUUUGAAAGUGGAUGAAAAAUUGCAAGGGUUUGAUAUGGAUCUGAGUCGUUUAAUGGAUGAAAUUCAUGGGCUGAAAAAUACACAAAUAUGUCUGUAAAAUAAGUUCAAUGAUCUGGUCUUUAUCCGGAGAACCACACAAGGAAUUAAUCCUUGAGAAGAAUGGGGAAUCAGCCAUGGAAAUUGUGAGUUCAGAUGAGGAGAAGCAGAAUGGACCGGAAUUAGAAAUCUGCAACAAAAUGGAGGAAUUAAGGGCUGAUGAUGGAGAAUGGCGAUUCACUUUUUUUUUUUUUUUUUUUUUUUUUUUUUUUUCUUUUUGGAAAAUUUAUAUUAAUAAUAAUAAUAUUAUUAUUAACUUUUUUAUAUUUGUCAGUUCCAAGAAACAUCACGCAGGGCAACCAAGGCGUGACCUACUCACUACAGGGUGGAGUGUAUUUGUCAGUUCCAAGAAGCUACUAGCUAGUGAUGCAUUUAAUAUUUUUACGGGGUGAAAAUGGAGAACUGCGUGUUGGAGUGAGGAGGUUGAUGAGGCAGCUAAACAAUAUGCCAUCUUCUGUUAUUUCUAGUCAUAGUAUGCACCUUGGUGUUCUUGCCACAGCCGCUCAUGCAAUUCAAACUAAGACCUUAUUUUCAGUUUUCUAUAAGCCGAGAUGAGGAGAAGCAGAAUGGACUGAAAUCAGAAGUCUGCAACAAAAUGGAGGAAUUAAGGGCUGAUAAUGGAGAAUCAGACAAUGGGUUAAAGAAGUGUUUACGGAUGAUUCUAUGUUUUGCGGUAUUAAUUCUGAUAGCUGUAUUUUUUUUUUAUUGUGCUUUUAACAUUCGUAAAUGGGAUGAAUUGUAAAAAUCAGCCAUGAAAAUGGUUAAAAAAUCAUAUACAUUUUGCAAGACUACAAAAAACAUAUUACUAGUGAAUAAAU